AUGCGGAAGGAGGCAAGCUGGACACACACAAAACGACGAAAUGCCGAGAUGCCGACCCCAAGCCGACCAUCCAAGGCCGCGGCUCUCUUCCCCACACCACCAAUGCAUCUGCUGAUCCUUCUGCACGCCAGCAAACAAACUCCUUCUAGAAACCUUCUAGGCGUUUUUGUCUCGUCCCUCUUCCCCUCUUUCCAGUCCUCUUCGCGACCAACCGCAUUCCACCACCUCGACGAUCAACAGCAGCAUUGCCACAGUCAGUCGUAG